AGUCAAAUAACACCAAGAAGCAAGAAGAUGGAGGCAAUCCAGUCAUGGGUCUCAGAACACAAGCUCACCAGCAUUGGAGCAAUUUGGGCAUCAGCAAUUGGGGCAUCUCUGGCUUGCAACACCCGUGCAAGAACUCCUCUCAAGCCAAGUCUCAGGCUUAUCCAUGCCAGGUUGCACGCACAAGCCUUAACACUGGCAGUUCUGUCUGGUGCAGCAGCCUACCAUUACUAUGAGAAGAAUAGCAUCAAGCAAGCAGAAGCCACCAUCCCUAAUUGACUAUUGUAAUCUUGAGUAUGCAUAUGAUUUUAUUGGAUGAUGACGAAAAUGUUGGUUUGUAAGGGAGAGAUCAUGGAUCUGCUGCUUGUUGUAUGAGAGAAAGCAAUCUAUAUCUUUUAUCCAAGUCUAGAAUUUUUAUGUUUAUCAAUUUACUGCUACUUGUUCACGAUGAGGACUCUUCUUUGCAGUAAAUAAAAGAGUCGAGUACCC